CUCCUCCGUGCGCGUGACGUCUCUCGGCGCCGGCCGGGCAGCCGGAGGAGGGAAGCCGCCCCGGGGCUGCCUGCGCUCUCCCCGGCCGAAGAGGACUCCGCCGCCGGCGCCGUUCGAGCGGCUGGAUUUCCCUGAUUUGGGGGCUGUUUGGCGGAGCAGGAGCAACGAGCGAGCAGGAAAAUGACCUCCGCCAGCGAAGCAUCCAGAUGUUGAAGGUGGUGUGUCCCAUGUGGAGGAGGCGAGGAUGCGGCUGACCAUGAGACGAGUGCUGAUGGGGGUGGGCUUCGCCAUCGCCCUGAUGGUCUCCGUCCACCUGGGCCAGCAGAUGCUGCAGUGCCAGCAGAGGCUGGGCCAGGGCCUCAGCUGGCCCCUGAUGCGUCCCGAGAGGGAGGAGCUGGUGAUGCUGGACUCCAACCGGGUCGAGUAUCGCUACAGUAAGGAGAUGCCGCUCAUCUUCAUUGGAGGGGUUCCCCGGAGCGGGACCACCCUGAUGCGAGUCAUGCUGGACGCGCACCCAGAGGUGCGCUGCGGGGAAGAGACGCGCAUCAUCCCGCGGGUGCUGGCCAUGCGCCAAGCCUGGUCCCGAUCCGGGCGGGAAAAGAUGCGCCUGAACGAAGCCGGGGUAACGGACCAGGUCCUGGAUGCGGCCAUGCAGGCCUUCAUUCUGGAGGUGAUCGCCAAGCACGGGGAGCCGGCCCGCUACCUCUGCAACAAGGACCCCUUCACACUCAAGUCCUCCGUUUACCUCUCCCACCUCUUCCCCAACUCCAAGUUCCUGCUGAUGGUGCGCGACGGGCGGGCCUCCGUCCACUCCAUGAUCACCAGGAAGGUGACCAUUGCCGGCUUCGACCUGCGGAGCUACCGGGAUUGCCUGGCCAAGUGGAACAAAGCGAUCGAGGUGAUGUACUCCCAGUGCCUGGCCAUCGGGCGGCUGCGCUGCCUCCCUGUCUACUACGAGCAGCUGGUCCUGCACCCCCAGAAAUCCAUGCGGGCCAUCAUGGACUUCCUGGACAUUGCCUGGAGCGACACCGUCCUGCACCACGAGGAGCUGAUUGGGAAGCCAGGCGGGGUCUCCCUGUCCAAGAUCGAGCGAUCCACGGACCAGGUGAUCAAGCCUGUGAACAUGGAGGCCUUGACCAAGUGGCUGGGACACAUUCCGGAGGACGUGGUGCAGGACAUGGCUCAGAUCGCCCCCAUGCUGGCCAGGCUGGGCUAUGACCCCUAUGCAAACCCUCCCAACUACGGCAGCCCGGACCCCCUGGUGAUCAACAACACCCACCGGGUCCUGAACGGGGAAUUCAAAACACCCGCCAAUCUGAAAGGGCACCUUCAGGGGACUCCGAAUACGACUGCUUUUCACUGACCAACUCAACAAUUUCCAGGUACAUCUUGGUGUGGUCCCAGAAGAUCUUGUCUCCAACUCAGGUGGAGCUGUACAGAAACCUUCUUGAUGCUGGGAGGGUGGGCAUCAUCCUCUCAGCCCUGAAUUCCCACCAAACCCUGGUUUAGCUCGCUUGAAGACUGCCGUGACAUUCUCCGGGAGUAAUUCUGCUUUCUUGAUUUCAUUUAGGUGCAAAUUGCUUCCCCUUUUUCUGAAGAGGAGAAAGUUUGCAAACAGUGGAAAUCUGUUAUCCAAGCAUAUUGCUUGCUACUGAUAUUGCCAAAUCAAUGCUAUCUAUGAAAUACUUUUCAUUUUGCCAUUAAUUUGUCAAGUUUGGACUUUCCAGUUUCCGGAAAGAAGUCAUGUACCAAGUCUGGAUAUUGCUCUGCCGUCAUAAAAAGGGAA